AUGGAAUACAUAAAAAAGUUAUUUAGCAUAAAUAAAAAAAGCGAAAUUCUCAUGGAUGAGGAAGAAUAGCAGAUAUUCUUUAAUUAGAAAUAAAGCAAGAAUAAUUAAAAAUCUAUUUUUGAUGAUGAUGUGUAUCCUGUAGCAAGUAAGCAUAGUAAAAAAAGAACAUAAGAAAACUAUUUUGAUAGAGAUUAGCUUAGCAUGAAAGAAAUAAAAGAGUUUUUAGCAAGAUUUUAUGAGAGAAAUAAACUAGAUUUAGAAAAAUGCUUUAUUUUUGUAGUUAUUCUUGCAUUAGCUAUUGUUUUGAUAGGAAUUUGCUUAGUUUUGGUUUAGACAUUCGAUUAAGAAAAUAUUGAGAGAAAAACAUAUCUUUUAGACAACGAUGUCAUCAAGCCAAUAAAUGAUAUGAAAAAUAAUUAUAAAUUGAUUACUCUAGCUAAUUAAUUACAAAUUUUAAUAAUAUGGAAUAAUUAGACUUAAUUUUCAUCUGUAUCUUUAGAUAUUAACGCAGGUAGUUGGUAAGAGUCGCAGAAAACUCCAGGAUUAGCACAUUUAUUAGAGCACAUGACAUUUCUUUAAUCUUAGAAAUAUAAAGAAUAAUAUUAUUUUGACAACUUUCUUUCUGUUAAUGGAGGAUAUACUGAUUCUUUUACUUCAUUUGAUCACACAAACUUCUUCUUUACUAUAAAAACCUAUGCAUUAUAGAAAGCCCUCGAUAUAUUUGCUCAUAUGUUUAUAGAUCCAGUUUAUGAUUUAGAGCUAGCUAAAAAGGAAAGUAGUGUUGUUGAAAGUGAAUUUAAAAUUAGUUUAUAAGAUGAUAACUAAAAAAUAAGGCAUUUACUUACUAUUAUGAGUGAUCCAAGUCAUCCUUACAGUAGAUUUACAGCUGGGAAUGUAUAGACUUUAAGGGAUAACUUUGAAGUAAAUAUUGUUGAGGAAUUGGAAAGCUUUAGAAGUAGCUAUUAUAGCAGCAAUUUGAUGAAAUUGGUCAUUUUCACUGAAGAAAGCAUAGAAAAUGUUGAAGAAUACAUUAAGCCUUUUUAAGAAAUUGUCAAUAAUUUAACAGAUGAACCUAAUUUCAAAGAAUUCAAAAAACCUUUGAAAAAUACAAAGAAAAUAGUAAAACUUAAAACAUUAGAUGAGAAUGAGGUCUUGUACACUGUGUUUUAGAUUGAUUUAGAUAAGAGCUAAUUUUAAAAGAGACCUAUAGAAUUUAUUACAUACUUUUUGAAUAAUAACAUGGAUGGAGGAUUAAAGUAUUAUUUGAAUUAAUAACUAGAUCUCAUUCUUGAUUUAGAAGUAGGCAAUAUUUUAGAAUAAGAAAACUACACAAUUUUCUAUAUAAAGUUUAUAGUGCAAAAUAAAAAACUUAACAAAUUUCAGACUAUAGUUAAUGCACUUGUAAAUUACUUAGAGUUCAUCAAAGAAAAAGGACUUGAAAUUUCUAUUUAUUAAGAAAGGGCUCUCAUUUCCAACAUGACUUUUAGCUAUAACGGCCAUUCUUACAUGACUUAGGAAAAUGUAUCAAAUUAUGCAUGGAAUCUUAAUGAAUAUGAUUAUAGAGAAGUAUUUGCUGCAGAUAGUCUUUGGAGCGAUGAUUUUGAUAAGAAUUUAAUGAAGAAAGUUAUUAACUAAAUGUAGGAUUUUGAUAAUAUCAUCUUGAUUGCAGGAUCUUCUAAUUUUUCAAAUCAAAAUUUAGAUGAUAUUGUUUUAGAAGACUAGGAAGAGUUAAGCGAUAUUGAAGGCAAGGAUUAAGCAUCAUAUAAAUAUAAUUUCAUUGAAUUAUCAGCUAAUUCUUAAUUGGCUGAGAAUGAAUCUGGUGAAGAUGUUAAUUAAUUCCAAGAUUAACCUAAAAGUGAAGUUUAAAUCCCAAAUGAAUUUUAAUUUUUAAAUACAGAUGAAUUUGAUAAUUCAGUUCCACUAUAUGAUAUUCAAUAUUCUGAAAAAACAUUAAUAUAAGAAGACAUUGAAUAUAUGAAAGCUCUAAAUGAAACUUUAUUGUAAACGUUUUAAGUUUAAUAGAAAAAUUAAUACAUUCCUUCAAAUUUUGCCUUAGAAGAUAUCUGUUAUAAAAAUCAAAUGAAUUUAAAUUACACAUAUAUAGAUUUGAGCUAACACGUUUUGCCUGAUCCUAAUUCUAAUGUAUGUUUAUACAGUCCCUAUGAAAAUCCAACAAGAAAAUUUACUAAUUUUAAUUUUACAGAGUUUUAUUUUGAAUCAUAUAUGACUUGCGAUUCUGCAACCUAUAUUUAAUAAAGCUAAAAAUAUCCUAGUCUUAUCAAGUAUGAAAAUGGUAUAGAAGGAUGGUACAAGUUAGACUUAUAAUAUGGAGUUCCUUAGAUAGUCGGAUACUUCAAUAUAUAGUUUUAAGAUAGAUUUGAGAGUCCUAGAGAUGUAAUCAAAGGAAAAAUAAUUGCUAACAUUUUCUAAUAGAAGGUAUAAGAAUUCUUCAGUGAGGCUCUAGAAUCAGGAUAUUUAAUUGAAGUUACUUCAUAGUAUUCCUCUUUAAAUAUAAAAAUUGUAGGAUGGAGUUAGAAUUUCGAUAGAGUUGUUUUUGAUGUUUUUAGAAUUUGGAAAUAUAUUGAUAUAACUCCAGAAGAUUAUCAAAAUUCUGUUGAAGAAAUCAAAGAGUAAAUAAACAACUACUAAUAAUGGGACACAACUACAUAAGGAAAAGAUUAUUUCUUGAAAAAAGUUAUGCUUGAGGAGUUCAUUGAUCCUAAAAUGCAGCUUCAAGUCUUAUAAAAAAUAUCUUAUUAAGAUGUGUUGAAGCACUCUGAGAUAGAGAGAAAUAAGUUAAAACUAAUCGGCUUAUUAGCUGGAAACAUUCAGUCUUCUUAUGCUUAAAACUUGUAUAAUGAGCUUGACCUGAAUAUCCAAUUUAACAAGGAGCUUUAAGAAUAUAGAAAUGUUUAUGGAGUCUUUGAUAUCGAUUCUUUAUAUCUUAUCAAAGUAAAAACAGCAAGCUUUUAAUAGGAUGUAAGCAGAUCGCUUGUGGCUUUCUACCAGAUAGGCAAAAGAAACUCAAUCACUAUUACAGAAGGCAGAAUAGUAAUGAAACUAUUUAAAUAAUAUAUCUAAAAUUAUUUAAUUAACGAAAAAUAAAAAAUAUAUAAAAUUAACACUGAAUUAAUAAGCUAUGGAUCCUACGAUGGAAUUUUAAUUACAGUGUAAGCUGAAGAUUCUACAAUAAUUUAAAUGCAAAACGAUUUAUAAGAUACUAUUAUAUAAUUCUAGUAAAACUUACCUCUUUUCCUAGAUGAUUCAUUUGAAAAUAUUCUAUAGACAGAAUUAGGAGCUAUAAAUUCUAUGCCUUUGUCAUUAGUUUAUAAUGUAGAAUAUUUUUGGAAGUAACUCACUGACUUCAACUAUGUUUUUGAUGAAUAAAAUAUCCUAGCACAAUAAAUUUAAAACACUACAAAGUAAGAUAUUAUUUCAGCUUUUGAAAGUAUAUUUGUUAAAGAUCCGAAAGCAGUCAUCGUUCAAGUUCAUAACUACUAUGAUUCUUUAAAGAAAACAAGCUCAUCUAUCAAGUAAAAGAAUUAAAAGGAAAAUAUAGUUGUUAUCACAGAUAUUUACAAACAAAUGAAAAAUAGAAAUUUCAAUAAAUUUGUAGGAGAAUUUAUUUGA